GUGCAGGGUCUCGGGCUAGUCAUGGCGUCCCCAUCUCGGAGACUGCAGACUAAACCAGUCAUUACUUGUUUCAAGAGCGUCCUACUAAUCUACACUUUUAUUUUCUGGGUGAGAGACGAAGGCGCCUGGGGCUGGCAGGGGAUCCCGGGCUUUUAGGUGGGGGGGGGGGGGUGUGACCCUGAGCGGCGGGAGCUCAGGUCGGGGAUCGGGUGGGGUUUGGGCGGCCAUCGCGCCUGGGACCCUGACGCCGGCGACCAGUGACUGGGCCUCGAGCAAAGAGCUCAGGCAUCUCGCCGGCGCUGGGGUCGGAGUGCGGGACGAAGGCAGCCGACAGGCUGAGCUGGGACCCAGACGUACCAGCGUUCGAGUUCGAUACGGGAGGCGAGGUGGGCGUUAAGCCUCCAGAGCACGCAGACAGUGACCCUGGACAUUUGCAGAGGCAAGCAAGACUUGCCCGGCCCCAUUGAGGGCUCACUUGCAUAAUAGUGUCUUUCUUUUCACUGCUUCAUAAGAGAGGAGUGUUUCGCAGAUCACUGGCGUUAUCCUUCUUGCAGUUGGCAUUUGGGGCAAGGUGAGCCUGGAGAAUUACUUUUCUCUUUUAAAUGAGAAGGCCACCAAUGUCCCCUUCGUGCUCAUUGGUACUGGUACCGUCAUUAUUCUUUUGGGCACCUUUGGUUGUUUUGCUACCUGCCGAGCUUCUGCAUGGAUGCUAAAACUGUAUGCAAUGUUUCUGACUCUCAUUUUUUUGGUCGAACUGGUCGCUGCCAUCGUAGGAUUUGUUUUCAGACAUGAGAUUAAGAACAGCUUUAAGAAUAAUUAUGAGAAGGCUUUGAAGCAGUAUAACUCUACAGGAGAUUAUAGAAGCCAUGCAGUAGACAAGAUCCAAAGUACGUUACAUUGUUGUGGUGUCACCGAUUAUAGAGAUUGGACAGAUACUAAUUAUUACUCAGAAAAAGGAUUUCCUAAGAGUUGCUGUAAACGUGAAGAUUGUACUCCACAGAGAGAUGCAGACAAAGUAAACAAUGAAGGUUGUUUUAUAAAGGUAAUGACCAUUAUAGAGUCAGAAAUGGGAGUCGUUGCAGGAAUUUCCUUUGGAGUUGCUUGCUUCCAACUGAUUGGAAUCUUUCUCGCCUACUGCCUCUCUCGUGCCAUAACAAAUAACCAGUAUGAGAUAGUGUAACCCAAUGUAUCUGCGGGCCUAUUCCUCUCUACCUUUAAGGACAUUUAGGUUCCCCCCGUGAAUUAGAAAUUGCCUGGUUGGAGAACUGACGACACUACUUACUGAUAGAUCAAAAAACUACACCAGUAGGUUGAUUCAAUCAAGAUGUAUAUAGACCGAAAACCACACCAAUAGGCUGAUUCAAUCAAGAUUUGUGCUCGCAAUAGGCUGAUUCAAUCAAGAUUUGUGCUCGCAAUAGGCUGAUUCAAUCAAGAUGUGUGUUUGCUAUGUUCUAAGUCCACCUUGUGUCCCAUUCAUGUUAGAUCGUUGAAACCCUGUAUCCCUUUGAAACACUGGAAGAGCUAGUAAAUUGUAAAUGAAGUAAUACUGUGUUCCUCUUGACUGUUAUUUUUCUUAGUGGGGGGCCUUUGGAAGGCACUGUGAAUUUGCUAUUUUGAUGUAGUGUUACAAAAUGGAAAAUUGAUUCCUCUGACUUUGCUAUUGAUGUAGUGUGAUAGAAAAUUGACCUCUCUGAACUGGCUCCUUCCCAGUCAAGGUUAUCUGGUUUGAUUGUAUAAUUCGCACCAAGAAGUUAAAAUGUUUUAUUACUCUCUGUUGUGAUGAGAGACAGAGAGUCACAUUGUGUGAUUUAAUUUCAGUCAGUCAAUAGAUGGCAUCCCUCAUCAAGGUUGCCAGAUGGUGAUAACAGUAAGGGACUACUGAUGUUCUGUGACACAUCAGGUUUCAGCACACAACUUACAUUUCUUUGCCUCCAAAUUGAGGCAUUUAUUAUGAUGUUCAUACUUUCCCUCUUGUUUGAAAGUUUAUAAUUAUUAAAUGGUGCCGGAAUUAUUGUAUUUUCCUUAGGAUUUCAGUGGAACUUAUCUUCAUUAAAUUUAGCUGGUACCAGGUUGAUAUGACUUGUUAAUAUUAUGGUCAACUUUAAGUCUUAGUU